AUGGAUACCACUAGUGAUAAACAAGUAGAGAGCGAUUAUCAUGAUCAUAAAAAAAUGGAUAUAAAUGGAGACAAGGUAGUUAAACUUAAAAAAAAUGGUAAAUUGUCUAUUUCAAAUGCUAAUUCAUCAACAAGUCGCUAUGGUAGAACGAUACGACACGUUAUUCAAUCGAAUGACAAUAAAAAUAUUGAUAAUCAGACUUUAAAGCUUCCAAAGCCAGAGCCUAAAAAAAACAAUUUGUCGGUGAGAAAAAGUGAUGGCAAUAAAGUUGUUAGCAAUAGUAAUAAAGAUGUGGAGAUGAGUGUUUCUGAUGAUACUAGUCAUGCGGGUGAUAAUAUUAGCGUUGUAUCACUGGAAACCUUAGAAGCAUCAGAGGAGAUUUUGAUGAAAAAGUCAUGGUGGAAAAAACCUGAUGAUACUCUGUGGAAGCCUGGACAAUUAGCUUGGGCACAAGUUAGCACUUUUCCAUACUGGCCGUGUGUUAUUACUCUAGAUCCUGAUCUUAAUCGAUUUGUCAAGUGGAGAGCUUUUGGUAAAUCAGUUAGUAACAUGAUUCAUGUCCAGUAUUUUGGUGACAAAGGACGUCACAAUUGGGUUGCUGAGGCUUCAUUAAUGCCAUUUUUAGGUCUUGCUAGCUUCAAAAAAUUGGUCCAAGAGUGGUAUGCUCUGCCAGACUCCGUCAGAAAAAAAGACCUCAAAAAAACAGCUGGAUAUAGGGUUAAACCUUAUAUCAGUGCGAAAUGGUCAAUCGCUGUUCAAGAAGCUGAGCCGUUGUUGGCCAUGGAACUCGAGGAGAGGUUAAAUGCCUUAAAACCCCAAAGAAAACGCGAACGUUCUGAUAAUAGCAUUAAUUUAGAAACAAAGAAAGUUAAAUUAGAUAAUAUCAAGGAGAAACCUAAGAUUAGAAUUCGCUUGAAGAAUCCAAAUAUUGAGGUAAAGAAUGGGGCAAAAAAUAACUUGAAAAAUGGUGUAAAGAAUGGUAAAUUAAAUAGUAAUGAUAGCAAGAAACCUGAUAUCGAUGACGAUGCUAGAAGUGUUAUCAGCGUAGACGGAGAAAUUCCUCCUACACCACCGUCAAGUCAUAAAGACUCGAGUGAUGAGUCUAUUGUCAUUAGGAAAGUCAAAAUAAAACGGAUUAAGAAAGUCGUGGAGCCUAUACCGAGUUUUGAUAUUUAUUACAAUCGUAACAAGGAAGGAGUGGCAAAUGUAUCACCCGACUCGACAGAAGAUGAUAUAAAAACAUAUUUAAAAAAAAGUUGGGAGAACAUGUCUGAGCAAGCUCGUAUGAAAUAUAUUCCCCAGGUGAGUGAACGCAGUAAGCAAAGUUCAACAGAUCGCGAAACUAAUUUUUCAGAUGAACCUGCGCCCAAGCGCAAGAGAGGGAAAAAAAAUAGUAUCGGUAAAGACGAGUCUAUUGUCGAGACGGUUAAAAAAGCUCGUAUACCAAAUUUAUUUCGCGGCACAAAAGCUGAACGAGUUUGUCAGAUUUGUGAAAAAACAGGUAAUCUUAUACGCUGUAAAGGUCCGUGUUAUUCUCACUUCCAUUUGAAGUGCGUCAAGCCAGGUGAAUCGGAGUCUGAAUGCAGCACAGAGGUUGAAGAUAAUGUCGACGAUAAAUCUUUGGAGAGUAGUAAAAUCGAUGAUAAAUCUGUAAAAAAUAAUAAAAUUGAGGAUAAAUCUGUGAAAAAUAAUAAAAUCGAGGAUAAAUCUGUGGAGAAUACUAAAAUAGAAAAAAGUGACUCGGUCGUAGUAGUUGAUGAAGAAGAAAACAAUAAAAAAGAUAGUCAAACGGAAGAGGAAACAUUUAAAUGUAUAGAUUGUUUGUCAGGUGUUGCGCCAGCUUGUUUUGUAUGCAAUGAACGCGAAGACGAAAGAAUAAAGUGCUCAGUAAUGGCUUGUGGAAAACACUACCACGCUGCUUGCUUGAAGUAUUGGCCGCAGUCGCAGUUACAAGGCGACAGAUUAAAUUGCCCAUACCACACGUGCCACACUUGUAUAUCAGACAAUCCGCAAAAUGGGUAUUCACGUGCUCCCAAUGAAAAAAUUAUACGUUGUGUCAGAUGUCCAUCUGCUUAUCACGCUUCAACGACAUGCUUACCCGCAGGCUCAGAAAUUAUUACGGGAAGUCAAAUGAUUUGUCCGAAGCAUUACAAGGCUAGUCAUCCACCGCUAAAUGCUACUUGGUGCUUCCUUUGUACCCGCGGUGGAAGUCUCAUAUGUUGCGACACAUGUCCUACUUCAUUUCACGCUGAUUGUCUUGGUAUCAAUGCACCUGACGGAGCUUUCAUUUGUGAAGACUGUGAAACUGGACGUCUUCCACUUUAUGGGGAAAUUGUUUGGGUUAAACUCGGUACCUAUCGAUGGUGGCCUUCACGAAUUUGCUUCCCUCAUGAGAUUCCUUCCAAUAUUCAAGCGGUAUCUCAUAAGCCUGGAGAAUUCUGUGUUAUAUUUUUGGGUACUCUAAAUUACUAUUGGGUCCAUAGAGGACGAGUAUUUUUAUAUCAAGAUGGAGACUCAAAUGUCAAGAGUUCAGUCAACAAGUCUGGAGUUGACGGUGCAUUCAGGGAAGCUUUGAAAGAAGCUAACGAACUCCAUGAAAGAUUGAAAAGUGAAAAAAAAGAGGAUGAAUUACGUGCUAUAAAACCCCCGCAUUUCGUUAAAUUAAAGAUAAAUAAACCUGUCGGAAAUGUAAAACCCGCAGAUGUUGACAGUAUUGUAGCAUGUGAGUGUGAUCCGAAUUGGGACACUCCUUGUGACGCCAACAGUGAUUGUCUGAAUCGUAUAUUAUCUAUCGAAUGCAGCCCCGGUAUUUGUCCCGCAGGAUCUAAAUGUUGCAAUCAAUCAUUUGCAAGAAGAGAGUAUCCUGCAAUGGAACCAUUUCACACGCGGGCACGGGGUUGGGGUCUAAAGACUCUUGAAAAUAUAAAAUCUGGUCAAUUUGUUAUUGAGUACGUGGGUGAAGUUAUUGAUGAAGCAGAAUACAAACGUCGUAUUAAAACGAAAAAGGAGCUUAGAAAUGAAAAUUAUUACUUUUUAACCAUUGAUAACUAUAGGAUGAUUGACGCUGAACUUAAAGGAAAUUUAAGCAGAUUUAUGAAUCAUUCAUGUCAACCUAAUUGUGAAACACAAAAAUGGACUGUCAAUGGAGACACUCGUAUCGGUCUUUUUGCUCUCCGUGACAUUGAAGUCGGCGAAGAAUUAACUUUCAAUUACAAUUUAGCUUCCGAUGGUGAGAAAAGAAAACCGUGUCUCUGUGGUGCUCCAAACUGCAGUGGUUUCAUAGGUUUAAAAGCUCAGAAAUUGUCAUUAACUCCUACUACAACAGGACCACAAAUUAAAUCAAAACGCGGAAGACGUCCACGUAUGAUAUAUAAAUGCUGGAGAUGCAGUAAAGAUCUGUCCGAUAGAGAAGAAUUUGUAAUAUGUGACUUGAGAACUUGUUCCAAAAGAUAUCAUAAAAAGUGUGUCACAGUGCAAGGUGAUGCUUCAAAAUUCAGCUGUCCUUGGCAUCAUUGUCUUGAAUGUAAUAAAAGAUGUAAAAAACAUUGUACAUACUGCCCUAUAGCAUACUGUCAAAUUCAUGAGGAUUCGGACGAUUUGGACUUGCAAAAAUCACUGCCACCAGAAAUCAAGGUUGAUUCUGAUAACGACAUUGAGGCGGAUCGAGAGUCACUGUUAGCAGAUUCUGAUAGUCCUAUCUCCGAAUUGUUACCCAAAGAGUCAUCUCCACGUGUAUCGAUCGCGGAGGUCCCAACAAACAGCGAAGACAGCGAAAUCUCGGUAAAAAAAGACAACGAAGAUAAUAAAAAUUGAGCGAUACACAAUCGGAAAUAGCUAA